GCAAAGUGAAAAGCCAAUUGAUUUGAUUUAACUUUUAUGGAAUUAAAUAUAGACAGUUUGAGUUGGUUCAAUGACAUUUAUUUCUCUGCCUCUUUCCCAACGUCCCCUUCUUUAUAUGGGAGAGUAAGACCGGUCCAUGACCCUCACACGUGACCUCUCUCUCUCACGUGCCUUUCUUCUCCUCCGUCAUCAAUAUAAACAGUUGGGGAAUUUAUAACUUUCUUCUCCUCUCUCUCUCUGUUCUUCUGUGGAGCUCUCAUCUCAUCAAUGGAUUCUCUCAUCAAUCCCAGCCAUGGCGGAGGAAACUACGAUUCUCACUCUUCUUCUCUCGAUAGUCUCAAACCAAGCGUACUAGUCAUCAUUCUCAUCCUUCUAAUGACUCUUCUCAUCUCCGUCUCCAUUUGUUUCCUCCUCCGGUGUCUCAAUCGCUUUAGCCACCGCUCCGUUAUCCCUCCGUCGUCAUCUUCCACUUCCGCCGCAACCGUAACUUCAGAUUCCCGACGAUUCUCUGGACAUCGAGUCUCUCCCGAAACAGAACGAUCCUCGGUGCUUGAUUCGCUUCCGAUUUUCAAAUUCUCCUCCGUCACUCGCCGAUCUAGUUCAACAAACUCCGGCGAUUGCGCCGUUUGUUUGUCGAAAUUCGAACCGGAGGAACAGCUCCGUCUUCUUCCUCUCUGUUGUCACGCUUUUCACGCCGAUUGUAUCGACAUCUGGCUAGUCUCGAACCAGACUUGUCCUCUCUGUCGUUCUCCUCUCUUCGCUUCAGAGUCCGAUCUAAUGAAGUCUCUCGUCGGCGGAAACAACAACAGCAACGGUGGAGAAAACAGCUUCCGUCUCGAAAUCGGAUCCAUCAGCCGUCGUCAAACAGAAUCCGUAGAGCAGCACCGAUCUUACUCAAUCGGUUCGUUCGAUUACAUAGUAGACGACGUAGAUUCAGAAAUCUCAGAGUCAAAUUUCAACCGUGGAAGCAUAUCGGCAAAACAGGAAGACGCCACUACAACAACAACAGCAACGGCGGUUACGUCUAAUCCGGCGUCGUUUGAAGCUAGUUUAGCGGCGGAUAUAGGUAACGAUGGUUCUAGAAGCUGGCUCAAGGAUUACGUGGACAGACUCUCACGAGGUAUAUCGUCGCGUGCAAUGUCGUUUAGAAGCUCUGGUAGAUUUUUUACCGGGAGUAGUCGUCGGACUGAGGAAUUGACGGUGAUGGAUUUAGAAGCCAAUCAUGCCGGCGAAGAGAUAAGUGAGCUUUUCCGGUGGCUUUCAGGGGUGUGAGUGAUUGGUGAGUCGGUGAAAUUUGUUCAUUCGCUUGGUUUUAGCACAAAAAAAAAAAAAAACAGAGCAUUACUUUGGGUUUGUACAUAUGAACACUAUCUGAAGUUCUUUGCUUCAAUUACGGGAUUGUUUUUUCUGAAGAUAUAACAGAUGAAUUCUCUAGUUAUAUAUUACUUCUAAUGGUCUAUUUUUUCUUCCAUUA